AUGGCGGAGGUGAAUCCUAUUUCUCUGCUGCCGCAACCUCCUUCGCCAAGGACUACUAUCUCAAUCACUCAUUCUAUGGCUUCAGGUUCCGUUGAUGAAACAAAGGGACAACAACUAAUGGAUGAUAAUGGUAUUGGUUCAUCUAGUAAGGAUUUUACAACUAGUAUACUGGAUACUUCAGAUAUAGGUGGGGAAUUGAAUAGCAAACCUGAAAUUGGGAUGGAAUUUGAGUCCAUUGAAAAGGUUAGAGAAUUUUAUAAUUCUUUUGCUAAGAAGAAUGGUUUUGGAGUACGUGUUCGUUCAAGUAAACCAAAGAGAGCAGUUUUGGUAUGUUGCAAUGAAGGUCAACAUAAAGUGAAGAUCUCAAGAACUGAAGAAAUUCAAGAUAGCACUAAUCAAACUAAAAGAAAGUGCUCAACUAUCCGAAGUGGUUGUGAGGCUUCACUUAUUGUUUCAAGAGGCACAACCAAAAGUAAGUGGAUGAUAAAGUCUUUUAACAAUGAUCAUAAUCAUGUCAUGGUUAGUCCCAAAAGUGUGUCCUAUAUGAGGUGCCAUAAAAAGAUGAGUGUAGCAGCAAAGAGUCUUGUUGAAAAAUUUGAAGAAGAAGGCAUACCGACUGGAAAGGUUGCUGCAAUUUUUAAUGAUGGUGACUCAACUUUCACUAAUAGGGAUUGUUGGAAUUACAUUAGAAAUGUUCGGAGAAAGAAUUUAGAUGUUGGAGAUGCUCAAGCUGUUUUCGAUUAUUGUAAACGGAAACAAGUAGAAAAUUCUAACUUUUUCUAUGCAAUCCAAUGUGAUGAAGAUUCUCGGAUGGUGAACUUGUUUUGGGUGGAUGCUAGAUCACGAUUAUCUUACCAACUCUUUGGGGAUGUCAUCACUUUUGAUACCACUUAUAAAACUAAUAAGUAUAGUAUGCCGUUUGCUCCAUUUGUUGGGUUGAAUAAUCACUCUCAGUCUAUUUUAUAUGGUUGUGCUUUACUACAAGAUGAAUCAGAGGCUUCUUUUGUGUGGUUGUUUAAAACAUGGCUUCAAGCAAUGGGUGGAAAAAAACCUAUAUCUAUCAUAACUGAUCAAGAUUUAGCUAUGAAAGCUGCUUUGGCAAAAGUCUUUCCAGAAAGCCGUCACCGCCUGUGUUUGUGGCAUAUUAUAAAGAAGUUUCCUGAGAAGUUAGCUCACAUAUAUCACAAACAAUCUAUUUUCAAGCGAGAUAUGAAAAGAUGCAUUCGAGUUCACAUAGCAUUCAAAGUUUUGAAGAAGAAUGGAUGCGCAUAA